AUGGCGGUCUUGAGGGUAAAGUUCACCAAGAACAAGAGGGACAAGCUGGCCCAGGUGCUGUGGGUCCUGAACUGGGUUUCCGUGGUGACAGGCAUCAUCCUUUUCAGCCUGGGCCUCUUCCUGAAGGUGGAGAUAAACAAGAGGCGGGAGAUAAUGUCCGAGCGGGAGGUCCACUCUGUGCCCAACAUGCUGAUCGCCGUGGGCCUCAUCGCCUGUGGCAUCAACUUUCUGGGUGGAAAAAUCUGCUAUGACUGUGUGGACACCACCAAGUUCCUGCGGUGGAAGCUGCUGAUGUUGCCCUACAUCAUCUGCACCUUCUUCUUCACCUUCUGCAUCCUGGUGGGUGCGCUAAUGUGCUACAGCAUGCGCACCGAACUGGAGGAGUCACUCUAUGUAGGGCUGCGAGACGCCAUGCGCUACUACAAGGACACGGAAACGCCCGGCCGCUGCUUCCUCAAGCGGACAGUGGACCUGCUGCAGAUCGAGUUCCAGUGCUGCGGCAAUGGGGGCUUCAAAGACUGGUUCCAGAUCCAAUGGAUCAGCAACCGUUACUUGGACAUGUCCCGCAGAGAAGUGGUGGACCGUCUGAGGAGUAAUGUGGAGGGGAAGUACCUGACGGACGGGGUCCCCUUCAGCUGCUGCAACGUCUACUCCCCCCGGCCCUGCAUCCAGCACCAGAUCACCAACAACUCGGCCCACUUCAACUACGACUAUCAGACGGAGGAGCUGAACCUCUGGCAGCGCGGCUGCCGGCAGGCCCUGCUGGAGUACUACCACCAGAUCAUGCAGUCCAUCGGCUUCACCGUGCUCAUCAUCUGGCUCUUUGAGCUGUCCGUGCUGACAGGGGUGCGCUACCUCCAGACUGCCAUGGAGAACGUUCUCCUCCAGGGGGACCCCGAAUCGGAGUCCGAUGGCUGGCUGCUGGAGAACAGUUUCGUGGAGACGGCCCGCUCCAACUUCAACAUCAUUAAGAACCUGGGCAAGUGCAACCAGGUCGACACUGAGGAGAAUGGUGACCCCAAUAUCGAUGUCCCCUCCACUGCAAAAUAUGGCCCAGAUAAUGUACCCCCCAAACCAAUCCCUGUGGCCAGCUAA